UGGAUCCUCCGCCGGCGGCGCGGGGUGGCGCGCGCGCGGCGGGCGCCGGCCGGCCGGCCGCCAGUCGUCCCGGGAGGCCGCCGGUAUGAAGACGACUGUGCUGUGUCUGAUAGUGGCGCUGUGCGCGGCGCUGGUGGGCGCCGCGCCGAACCUACUGCCGGGAGACCCGCGACUGGCGGGCGGACAUCACCAUGGACUACACCACGGCGGUCACCACGGCGUGCAUCACGACCAGCUCGGAGCCGGCAGUAACCCGGCUGGUUCCUUCGCCGGGGUCGACUUCGGCGCCGGGAUCGAGCUGCUGCUGAAGAAUGUGCUACCCGGCGAGCAUUACAACCCGUUCCUGCCUAGCUACAGGCCACCGGCACACCUGGCCUCGAUCCAGGGGCAGGGCCAGCCGCAGCGGCAGCAGCAGCAACAACAACAACAACAACAGCAGCAGCAGCAGAUACAACAGCAGCAGCAGCAGCAGCAGCAGCAGCAGCAGCAGCAGAUACAGCAGCAGCAGCAGCAGCAGCAGACGGGUUUCAUCGACGCCGGUUUUGUGCCGGAACAGAUGGAGCUGAACGUGAACCCAGGCCAGGGCAGCUCGGGCCCCAAGGGUCCGCUGGUGGCCACCUGCGCCUCUGGCCUGGUGUGUGCGCCCGAAUCGCGCUGUGACCCGUACACGGGCUUUGUGAUCGGCACUCUGAGCAACCGUCCUCCGGCCGACCCUCGCCAGCCGACGGUGGCCCUACAGCAGUGUCAGGGUGCCGCCGGGCCCGGAGUCUGCUGCCGGGAUACUAUCGGGGCGUUCCAGACGGGCCCCAGUCCUGUUCAGCCCGGUCCCAUCCCAGUCCAGCCUGUCCAGCCCGUGCAGCCCGUGCAGCCCGUCCAACCCGUGCAGCCCGUGCAGCCUGUGCCCGCCGUCCCCUUACCGGUGCAACCGGUCACCGGUGGAACCUCUUCCGGAAUCAAGACCGGUGGUGGCUCGAAUCCGUUCACCGGCAAUCCUUUCCUGAGCGGUGACCUCUUCGGAGGCUCUGGCAGCGGCAGCAGCGGCGGCGGCGCUGGAGGCGGCGGCGGCAGUGGCAUUAGCAGUGGUGGUGGUAGCGGCAGUGGCAUUAGCAGUGGUGGUGGUAGCGGAAGUAGCAGCACUGGAACUGGCGGCAGUGGCUCCGGUAGCAACAGUGGUAGCACCGGCUCCGGCAGUAGCAGCGGUGGUGGCGGUGACUUCGGAAGCCUCGGCGAGCUGGUGGCCUGUGACCAGGACCAGCGGUGUGUGGACAACAACCUGUGCGGCGAUGACGGCUAUGUCAUCACGGACGGCAGCGACCUCAUCAACAUCCGACGACCGACCAACACGUUCUGUUUCACGCCGGUCGGUGACACAGGCUCGUGCUGUCGGGACCGGCCGGGCACGGGGCCCACCCGGCAGCAGACGGAGAUUCGCUGCUCGGGCCGGCAGAGCUGUGUGGAACCGCCGCAGUGUGACGACGAGGGCUACAUCAUCACUGACGGAUCCGGGCUGCUUGACAUCAGAAACAAUUUCCUCACCACGUUCUGUCGGCUGCCAGCCGGCGGUAAGGGCAGCUGCUGCGAGUCCCGCCCCUCCACCUCCUCCACCUCUCGGGAGGUCACGUGUCAGGCCAGCCAGGAGUGCGUCCGGCCGGACCUCUGUGACGAAAACGGCCGGAUCAUCACGGACGGCUCCGGGCUGCUCAACGCCCGGUUCAACAACAGAGAGUACUGUCUGCUGGCGUCGGGCGGCAAGGGACGUUGCUGCCUGUCCGACUCGUCACCCCAGCCGCCGCAGCGGCAGCAGAUCAUCUGUGACUCCAGCACGGAGGAGUGUGUGUCUCCCGGCCUGUGCGGCGACGACGGGUACAUCAUCACUGACGGAAGCGGCCUGAUCGACCCGCGCAUCACCAGCAGAACGUACUGUCUGGCCAGCUCUGGCCAGGAGGGUACUUGCUGCCUCCGCCGGCCGGAGCCGCCCUCCACCUCUCGGGAGGUCACGUGUCAGGCCAGCCAGGAGUGCGUCCGGCCGGACCUCUGUGACGAGAACGGCCGGAUCAUCACGGACGGCUCCGGGCUGCUCAACGCCCGGUUCAACAACAGAGAGUUUUGCCGCACCCCGGGCGGUGGUAAGGGCCGCUGCUGUCUUCCCGCCGACCCGGAGCCCCAGCCGCUCGUCUGCGGCCAGAGCCUGGACAUCAGGAUUCUGGGGGUCACCCCCGACUCAACCGAGGCCAACUUCGGUGAGCUGCCGUGGCAGGCCAUCAUCUCUUACACCAACUACACCUUCAUAUGCGGCGGAUCGCUGGUCGGCCGGCAGCACGUGGUGACGGCCGCUCACUGCGUCCAAAGCCUGCAGCCGGGGGCGAUUCAGGUCCGUCUCGGAGAGUACCGGGUAAACGCGGAGGACGAGCCACUGCCGCACCAGGACCAGGGCGUCUCCGAGAUCCACAUCCAUCCGCAGUACGAGCGCGGUCCUCUGUUCUACGACCUGGCCGUGCUGCGGCUGAGCUCACCGGUCCAACUGGACAGUCACAUUCAGCCCAUCUGCCUGCCCACUCCCGGACAGCGGUUCACCGGCCGCUGCGUGGCCUCCGGCUGGGGAAAGGACGCCUUCGAGGAAGGCCGCUUUUCGACGAUUCUGAAGAAGGUGCGCCUGCCCAUGGUCAGCCAUGAACAGUGUCAGGAGAACAUGCGCAAUACCCGGCUGGGCAGCUUCUUUGUGCUCAACAAGAGCUUCGUCUGCGCCGGCGGCGAGGAGGGCGUCGACGCUUGCAAGGGUGACGGCGGCGGCCCUCUGGCCUGUCCGUCCAACGGCCGCUACACGCUGGCCGGGGUCACCUCGUGGGGUAUCGGCUGCGGAGCCAGGGACGUUCCGGGCAUCUACGCCAGCGCCGAGGCCGGCCUGGACUUUAUCCGGCAGCACGCCGACGGCAGCGCCGUCUGAGCGGGCGGGUCGUCCCCCGGGAGGGAGAGCCUCGGUAGAAAGGGUGGCAGAGGGCAGUAGGCAGAGAGGGCGAGUGAGAGCCGGCGGAGCCGGCUGAUGAGGGGAGAAGAGCGCGGUCUUGAAGAUUGGUGAGCGUUGUGCGAUCGAGUUUGGCGCCUCGGCAGUUGGUGAACAUAGAUGACUGAUAAUGUAAGUGUGGUGGUAGGCCGUUCAAUCAGUUCCCGAUGAAAACGACUGAUGGCCGAUCGAUUUCUAUAACUUCCCCUUCUAAUGCACACUUCGAAGUUAUAAUAGUAAAAAGCUAUCAAAAGUUUGCGGUGCAGGCUAUUAUUUUUCCGCCCUCAUGCAGAAGGGCGAGUCAUUUUCAUCUAGAUAAUUGCACUAAACAAUUGCUCGCUGUUAACAGAUGCCGACAAAAGUAAAGUCCACGUCCGGUUAUUCGUGCGGUGAGUUUUAUGCUCCGCUUUCCGUUGAGCAAAGCCCAAAGAGAACAGUAUUAUUUACUGUCACUCUCUCGUGCUGCUCCAGUGCUUUGUAAAAAAUGUAUGCUCUUUUACUCUCACACAAAUCGUCUUAGACCAAUAUUGACCGUCAAAGCUGAUGGUCGUGGACUCGUGAAGACAUGUUUCACUUGUAUAAUGUAUUGCUAGCGUAGCUAUUUUACCUUUACAGGCGUGUUGUGGCAUUUAUGUUCGCUAAAUACACCAAUGUGUUACCUCGAA